GCAGCCAUGUUGUAAAAGGUCGGAAGUUAUACUGGAUCCUGUCCAGGUGUUUCAGAGCACCCGUGACUGUGUUCAUCUGUGGAGAAAGAGAAGAAAAAGAGACAUUGUCUUUAUCAUCAUUACUAAAAGAAACUCGCGCAAACUACGUCAGAAUGAGCGCAGUCCGGCUGAUGUCCGCAGUGUGGAGGAGUUGCCCGCAGACCAUCAGACCACCUCGGCUCCUUCCGCUUGUUUCCGCCUCCGCAGUCCAGUUCCGGCUGCAAACCACACAGCCCGUCUCGGCUGCCCGGCUGCCCUGCAGAGUCAAGGUGUCUGCUGGAAAACGCUACGCCUGGUGCGCUUGUGGCCACAGCCAGAAACAGCCCUUCUGCGACGGAGCUCACAGGACGAAAUCCCCGAGCAUCUCUCCUCUUCGCUUUACCCCCGACAGAGACCGGACGCUCAUGCUCUGCGCCUACUGUCCAUCGUCUGCCAAGAACGCUGCUGGAACAGAGCACGAGCUGAGCCACGUCUACUGAGUCUGCGCGCCACCUUCAGCUGUCAACAUG